UAACUACGCGCUGCUGCCUCCAUUCAUUGCCCCUCCCCCUCCAUAUCCUCUUCUCCCCGCAACGCUGGUGUCUUCCCCUGGUCGCCAUUCCUCCAUCAUGUCGCACUCUGCCGAUGAAUUGGCAAAGCCUACGGGCGAAUACCGUCAAUACUUGCCCGAUCUGAGUCUGAAGCGCUUCCAGGUGAUGCGCGAUCAGGAUGCUCAUGAAUACGCACAUUCUUUCAAGACACUGAAGAACCCUCCCUGGCUGCAUGCGCUGUACACACACUGGGUGGAUUUGUUGCAGGAACCAUUCAAGGGCGUCACCACCGAUGGAAAUGUUCGUCCCGGCCUGUUCACGCUCCAAGACGAAGAUGUCCCAAUUGGCGCCAUCGUGGAAGCCGUCCAGAAUGUACUGUCCCUAGCCGACGAUAAGCAGCGCCAGGCGCUGUCCUACCACAUUGAUUCCCCCGAAUGGCGGACUUGGUCGAAUCCCGAGUUUCUCUUGGCUGAUAAGGGUCUGCGACUCGACGAGAUUGACAACAAGCUGCGUGAUGCCACUUUGAACGUACUGAAGGCCACCCUGUCGCCCGAAGGCUAUGACAAGGCGAUCAAGGCGAUGCGGAUCAACCAUUUCCUCGGCGAGCUGGUCGAGUCCACCAAGGUGAUGAACGAGUUCUCCUACAACUUUGUCCUUUUUGGUCGUCCCUCAACCACGCGGCCAUGGGGCUGGUCCUUCUACGGCCACCAUCUCUGUCUCAACGUCUUCCUAUACAAGGGUCAGAUUGUCGCCUCCCCAUGGUUCACCGGUGCAGAGCCCAACGAGAUUGAUUCCGGGCCGUACUCCGGCACCCGUAUCAUGCAGGUGGAGGAAGAGCUUGGCCUGCGCCUGAUGCAGUCCCUUACGCCCGAGCUUCAGCAUCAGGCUCGCGUAUACGCAGAGAUGCAUGAUCCUGCCAUGCCACCAGGCCGCUGGAACCGCGACGACCAGCGCCACUUGUGCGGUGCUUACCGAGACAACCGCGUGGUUCCUAACGAGGGCAUCACGGUUGCUUCGUUCACCGAGGAACAGAAGAACUACAUGUACGGCAUUUUCGAGCAAUACCUUUUGUACCUCCCUGCUCGGGCGCGCCAGUUGAAGCUGGAUCAGAUCCGUCAGUAUGAGUCGGAGACUUACUUUUGCUGGAUCGGUGGAUAUGGUGAUAGUGAUCCGUUCUACUAUCGGCUCCAGAGCCCGGUGGUUCUGGUCGAGUUCGACCACCACUCCGGUGUUUUCCUUAACAACGAGGAGCCGAAGAAGUUCCACAUCCACACUCUGUUGCGUACACCGAAUGCUGGAGAUUACGGCAACGCUCUGCGUGCCCAAAUCCCGGCAGUGGAGGGACUCAAUGGGAAGGAGAUCACCUGGGAGAAGUCCGCACUAUGAUGACAGAUACGUGAUAAUAUAUGAUGAAGUUAUGUGAGUGUUCCUGUGAAUAGAGUGUUAUAUAGCGUACAUACGC